GCGAAGACGUGUUCUUUUCGCCGAAAAAGCAAAUAAUUGGGUUGGUUUAUCAGAGAAAAACAAAAAAAAUUCCAGCCAGUGUCGCGAUAAAAACACGACAAUCGCAUUGCAGCCGCCUCAGAAGUGUAAGAUCAGCCUCAGCUGACCGGAAAGUUAACAUUGCGACGUGGAAAACCACGAAUCACCAGCAAAUUUCAGCAAAAGCAAUCGCAUUUCAGAAUGUGUGGCAUAUUCGCGUACCUAAACUACUUGACGCCCAAGUCGCGACAGGAGGUCCUGGAUCUCCUGUUGCAGGGACUGAAGCGGCUGGAGUACCGCGGCUACGACUCCACGGGCAUAGCCAUCGAUGCGCUGAACUCUGGCGAGGCACAGUCCAUAAUGCUGGUGAAGCGCACCGGGAAGGUGAAGGUGCUGGAGGAUGCGGUGGCGGAGGUGUGUCGCGGCCAGGACUACUCGCUGCCCAUCGACACCCACAUAGGCAUAGCACACACGCGCUGGGCCACCCACGGUGUGCCCUCCGAGGUCAACUCGCAUCCGCAGCGAUCCGAUGAGGAUAAUAGCUUUGUGGUGGUGCACAAUGGCAUUAUAACCAACUACAAGGAUGUGAAGACGCUGCUGGAGAAGCGCGGAUAUGUAUUUGAGUCCGACACGGACACGGAGGUGAUUGCCAAGCUGGUACACCACCUGUGGCAGCAGCAUCCUGGCUACACUUUCGGCGAGCUCGUGGAGCAGGCCAUUCAGCAGCUGGAGGGCGCCUUCGCCAUCGCCUUCAAGUCGAAGCACUUCCCGGGCGAGUGCGUGGCCUCCAGGCGAGGCUCACCGCUUCUGGUGGGCAUCAAGGCCAAGACCAAGCUGGCCACCGAUCACAUACCCAUCCUGUACGCCAAGGCCCAUCGGCCACAUGGUCAGCCGCAGCAGCAGGCCUAUCAACUAUUGCCGCCCGGCGAUUGCAACGCCGAGUUUCAACCGCUGGAGCGCAAGGAAGUGGAGUACUUCUUCGCCUCGGACGCAUCGGCUGUUAUAGAGCACACGAAUCGGGUGAUUUACCUGGAAGAUGACGACGUGGCCGCCGUCAAGAGCGAUGGCACGCUCAGCAUUCAUCGCCUAAACAAAUCAUCCGAUGAUCCGCACGCCCGCGAGAUCAUCACGCUGAAAAUGGAGAUCCAGCAGAUCAUGAAGGGCAACUACGACUACUUUAUGCUGAAGGAGAUCUUCGAGCAGCCGGAAUCCGUGGUCAACACCAUGCGCGGCAGGAUGAGGUUCGAUACGCAGACCGUGGUUCUGGGUGGCAUCAAGGAGUACAUACCGGAGAUCAAGCGCUGCCGCCGCUUGAUGCUAAUUGCGUGCGGCACAUCCUACCACAGUGCGGUGGCCACCAGGCAGCUGCUGGAGGAACUGACCGAACUGCCCGUUAUGGUGGAACUGGCCUCCGAUUUUCUGGACAGAAACACGCCCAUUUUCCGGGACGACGUGUGCUUCUUCAUCUCCCAAUCGGGCGAGACAGCGGACACCCUGAUGGCGCUCAGAUACUGCAAGCAGCGAGGAGCGCUCAUCGUGGGCGUUACCAACACGGUGGGCAGCAGCAUCUGCCGCGAGUCGCACUGUGGCGUCCACAUCAACGCUGGACCCGAGAUCGGAGUGGCCUCCACGAAGGCCUACACCUCCCAGUUCAUUUCGCUGGUUAUGUUCGCCUUGGUCAUGUCGGAGGAUCGUCUCUCGCUGCAACAGCGCCGCUUGGAGAUCAUCGAUGGCCUAUCGCAGCUGGACGAGCACAUUAGGACUGUCCUCAAGCUGAACUCGCAGGUGCAGCAGCUUGCCAAGGAGUUGUACGAGCACAAGUCGCUGCUCAUUAUGGGCAGGGGCUUCAACUUCGCCACCUGUUUGGAGGGCGCACUGAAAGUCAAGGAGCUGACGUACAUGCACAGCGAAGGAAUCCUGGCUGGAGAACUGAAACACGGACCACUGGCCCUGGUGGACAAGGAGAUGCCCGUGCUGAUGAUCGUGCUGCGGGAUCCGGUGUACACCAAGUGCAUGAAUGCACUGCAGCAGGUGACGUCCCGCAAGGGCAGACCGAUCCUAAUCUGCGAGGAGGGCGACAACGAGACCAUGUCCUUCUCCACGCGUUCGCUGCAGAUCCCGAGGACCGUGGACUGCCUGCAGGGCGUGCUCACGGUGAUUCCGCUCCAGCUGCUGUCCUACCACAUCGCCGUGCUCCGCGGCUGCGACGUGGACUGCCCCAGGAACCUGGCCAAGUCGGUGACCGUGGAGUAGGCGCCCCAACUAUCUGGCUAACUGGCUCGCACCGUCUCAAGAAUUCCAUUUUAGUAUCUGCCUGAGAAAAACAAAACAAACCCUAGCACUUAAGUUAAAAUUUUCUGGUAUUUUGUCGGAUCAAAAUCCGAACCCUUAACCCAUUUGUGCUCCUUCUGGCUGAAGCCACAUAUGUUUAACCCCUACAUUUGUAGCUGUACUGACCCUUUGUGUUGUGGACCCACUACUUUUUGUGAAUGUGCAAUUGAAAUAUAAUUAUUUCCAGUUUUUCUUU